CUUCCUCCAACCCCACACGGACACGAAAGCAGAAUACCUCACGUUCCUUCCCUCCUCAGUCUUGUUUACUGUUUACCCGACAACCACUCCCACUGCCAUUCUCCCCCACCGAUUGUAUGCCGACUGGUCUGGCCCGCGUACCAGCCUUCUCUCCGGCGGCGGCUACUCGUGCUCGAGCAUUGAUUGCCUUGAGAGGUGGUAUUACUAUUGCGAGUGCAUGUAGGGGGAGCAUUGUCAGAACUCCUCGAUCCGUCAUCACACCUCUCGAUGCACGACGCCCAUACUCCUCCAUCGCAGACGCAAUGUUAGGCCGUGCCGUGAAGGACGCUGGUGCCAACGCCCCUCCACCCAAGUCGACUCUCGAGAAGCAACUGUUUCCCUCUAGCAGCCCCGCUCACGAUGGUAACAUCCAGGAGCAAUUCAAGAAAGCCAGUCAGUCGACCCAGUCAAUUGGUGGUUAUACGGGAUACAAGAACACCAUCAACCCGAGUACCACCAAUGCUGCCAAACCCUUUCGUGCGAGAUCACCAAAUAGCAGACCGCCAAUGAGGCAAAAGUCAGAGAGCACUGGUUCAACGAUGGGCGCCAGCACAUUAUUCAACAUGUCAGACUCUUUUCAAGACAGCCAAAGCUCCGCAACGUUCUCACAGGAUAUCUCAAAGCCUGCGAAACAGCCUGUCCAGAAUCAGAUCCCGGUUCAUUUUGAUGAGAAUGAUUUCGAUGAUGAUAUUGACUUGGACAUGGAUUUCGAGAUGCCUACUGUAAUGCCCAUGGCUGCUCCGCCUAAGCCUCUCUCACAAAAGCCAAUGCCAAAAUCACCUUCCCCUUAUAACCUACCAGAAGCCCCGCGUUCAGAUGUUUCUCAGAGUUACCAACCACCUAGUAGCGCAGUCACCUGGGAAUCUUCAUCCCCAUCGCAUAAACUGCCGCCUCCUAGGAAAAGGCCUGCCGCGACAGCCCCCCCAAGCGUGCCGAAGACAACCAAUGAACCCGAUGCCAAUACCAGGCCUGUGAAACGCCGAGCCCUACCAUGGCUCCAAAAGAAAUCAGAACAGGAUGAGGUUGCUGCCAGGAUGGAGGAAGAUGGCAUGAUAGACUUGACAUCGUCACCUCCAACCAAAAUGGGUAAAUGGGGACAUACUCCUAAGGAGAAGCAAAUGCCUUGGACCACUACCGGGAGCGCCAUCCGUGAUCAGAAGCAGAAACUCAAGGAUAAACAGAAAGCCACAAGAAAGCUCGAUCAGUCGGCGGCACAAGCAAUGGGUGACCAUGCGCGUUCAAAUGUCAAAAUAACUCCCAUUAGUUUGAGUACCGAACAGGAGAGAGUUAAAGAUCUGGUUGUCAAUCAGUCGAAAAGUGUGUUCUUUACUGGUUCAGCCGGAACAGGAAAAUCGGUUCUGAUGAGGGCAAUCAUCGCAGAACUGCGCAAGAAAUAUAUCCGAGAACCAGAUCGUGUCGCUGUGACUGCCUCCACGGGUUUGGCUGCGUGCAAUAUCGGCGGUGUAACUUUGCACAGUUUCAGUGGCAUCGGACUUGGCAAGGAGGAUGUUCCAGCUCUCGUGAAGAAGAUCAAGAGAAACGCGAAAGCCAAGAAUCGAUGGUUGAAGACUAAAAUUCUUAUCAUUGAUGAGAUUUCUAUGGUAGACGGUGAUUUGUUUGACAAAUUGGAGGCAAUUGCAAGAUCUAUCCGCAAUAAUGGCCGACCUUUUGGAGGCAUCCAACUUGUCAUAACUGGCGAUUUCUUCCAACUUCCUCCUGUCCCCGAGUACGAUAACAAAGCUAGAGGUGUGAAAUUUGCUUUCGAUGCUGGGACCUGGUCAACUGCGAUCCACCACACUAUUGGAUUGACCGAGGUUUUCCGUCAGAAAGAUCCAGGUACGAACUUUUUCUGAUCUCAAGACUGAUGUUUUAACUAAUCGAUGCUAGUCUUCGCUAACAUGCUAAACGAGAUGCGGUUGGGUAAGAUAUCUGAAGAGACAGUGAAAGCCUUUAAGAAGUUGAAUCGAAAACCCGCUUUCGAGGAUUCCUUGGAAGCAACUGAACUGUAGGCACAUUUAGGCCUUGUAACAAUCCCCCGCUAAUCUGUGCUGUAGUUUUCCAACAAGAAACGAAGUCGAGAAUUCUAAUGCAUCCAGGAUGCGCUCCCUGGUGGGAAAGAGCUACAGGUAUGACGCUGUCGAUGGUGGAACAAUCACCGAUAUGGCCAUGCGUGAAAGGCUUCUUUCCAAUAUGAUGGCUCCUAAGACCAUGGAGUUGAAGAAGGGUGCCCAGGUGAUGUUGAUUAAGAAUAUGGACGACGGAUUAGUGAAUGGAUCUCUAGGAAAAGUGAUUGCUUUUAUGAGCGAGGUCACAUUCGAGAUAUAUGACAAAAAUCCCGAGAUCCUGGAAGAGGGGGGUAUGGAUGCUCUCGCCGAUGAAGGCCGAAACCAAAAAACCAUCACCGCAAGAUUCUCGAAUAACAAAGACCCUAACCCCAAUACUGGCAAAGAAUUUCCCCUCGUUCGUUUUGCUGUUGCCGAUGGUACAGUCAGAGAUCUGUUGGUAAUGCCAGAGGACUGGAAAAUCGAGUUACCCAACGGCGAGGUUCAAGCACAACGUACCCAACUUCCACUUAUUCUCGCAUGGGCUCUGUCGAUUCAUAAAGCUCAAGGUCAGACCUUGGAACGUGUCAAGAUUGACCUCAAGAAAAUUUUCGAGAAGGGGCAAGCAUAUGUGGCACUCAGUCGAGCCGUUAGUCAAGAAGGCCUCGAGGUUCAUAACUUUGACAAAUCCAAGGUCAUGGCGCAUCCGCGAGUGGCUCAAUUUUAUGACAGUCUGUACAGUGUCAACAAAGCCAUGCAGCAUCCAACCGUAGCUUACCCAAAGUCUGUUUCUACGACAGUCCCCCCUUUCCAGAAAGGAGCGAAAGGGAAGGUGGGUCAAUAUGCAGACGACGAGGAGCUCAUGGCUGCUUACCGUUAAGUGGAUACUUGGGAAUGUAUGGGGCAUUGUAUUUAUAUUGCAGAGGGUACAUUCAAGCAUUUGCAUGGCGUUGCUGGUCUUGUGGGUUUAUUUUGCUAGGCGAAUAUUGGCUGGAGGUGUGCGAUAACAAUACCUAUGUAAGCGAUAUGAUUAUGAUCAGCAAUAGGUAGAAUUUGCUAAAGAGCUUAGAAGGUUCAUGUUCAGAUUAUCUGAGUUGGGGGCCUAGAAAGGGUGGAAUGGAAGCUGAGAAUACAGGGGGGGUCACAUGUAAUAAAAUACCAAUUGGUGUACCUGUACACAGCUCCGUGAAGAGUAUGGAGCUUGAAGAAUUGCGUGCAUUAUGAAGCAUUGUUUGUCUUCAGACGUUGAUAUCGUUCCUAAAUUAAUGCCAUACCAUACCAUAUCAUAUUAAUCCUAAAUCAAGAGGCUUGGUUUGCUACAUAGGUACCAUCCUGCAGAAGAAGCCUCAUGCAUGACGAUAAGCAAGGG